AUGACCAAGUCCACGACCAAAACUGUUACCAAAGCCGCUCCAAAAGAGUCGACCAACGCGGCUUCUGAAUUCGGACAAAUCGUAUCGAAAUUUUUUGACGACUAUCAGAAAUCCACUCCCGUCAAGCUGAAAGCGAUCGACGCGUAUCUUGGAUAUACAUUCUUCACUGGAGUGAUUCAGUUCGUGUACUGCUGCUUGGUCGGUACUUUCCCCUUCAAUGCGUUUCUCUCUGGCUUCAUCUCCUGCGUCACUUCUUUUGUGCUUGGAGUGAGCCUUCGACUGCAGCUGAACCCUGAGAACAAGGAUCAAUUCCAGUGGUCUGACGAGCGGGCUUUUGGCGACUUUCUCUUUGCUCAUUUCGUCCUCCACCUCGUUGUCAUGAACUUUAUCGGCUAA